AUGCAGCUCAACAUCCUCGCUACCCUCGUCGCUAUGGUGGUCGCUGUGAAAGCCGCUCCAUCCGACGCGCACCAUGAGGUUCGGUCCAUUGAAGCCCGCUCUGGAUGCGGUUCAAGCGGCCCUUUGGGUGAUGGACAUUACGAAUGGUGGGGACAUCUGCCUCCAAAGUCACUAUGUGCUAUCCCUGAUUACCUUUCGCUGUUCCUCGGGCAGCGAUACAAUUGCCAGGCUAUGGACGCCUCCGGUUGCGAGCCCGGUCAGGUCAACCACAUUGGCUCUAUGGAAGUCGAUGAUCCGAACGACACCACUCAGUAUGCUAAGCAAGGCGGCACGAACAGCGUCGGCUUCACUUGCCCUGCUGGAGGACAAGUCCGCUGCCAGGCCAAUUUCAACGACAACGACGACGGACCCGGCUACAGUCUGCGGGUUGUUUCUGCCUAA